ACUAUAUUCUGCUUGGUUGCAUUUAAAACACGGUUAUGAUCAUUGGGAUUGGUUUCAUAAACUUGUUUUUGCUCUGACUUAGAAAAGAUAAGAAGGUUCUAUGGCGAGUGAGGCACCAAGCUGGGCUGAUCAAUGGGGUGCUGGAGGAAUUGGUGCCAUGGAAAAUGAAGACCCUACUCCCAAGAAAGAGAAUGGCAACAAGAAAUCCAAAGGAAAAGGUGGAUUUAAUAAAGCCAAAACAGCAGCUUUGAUGGGAGCGAAGAAAUUCAAGCUUGGGGCAUCCAAGGGAUUAACAUGGGUCAAGAACAAAUGCCAGAAAAAGAGCUCCUCCAAACGAAUAUAAAAAUAUUCACUAGAACAUAAUUUUGUUAGCAAUUGUUUGAUUGUUUUGUCCAAGAUCUCGAGCAGCCUAAUUAGCAAGGCUCAGAUGUAUUCCUGAUUCAUUUUCGAGGGAACUACAUUCUCCAAUUUACGGCAGUUUAAGCAUUGUAGAGUUUCUUGAGCCCCUUUCAGGGUAGAUUCAUGGAGCCGCUGCCCCUACUCUUGAAAAUGGCUGGAUAACAAUCGUGCGACAUAGGAAGGUCAUAUCAAACAACUACUGAUUUGUCUUCUCACUUCACAACCUUUUGCAAGCAUUCAAGAAUAUAAUUUACCUCCUAAACAGCUGCAAAUCAUCCAUCCAAUUUGAGUGUUUAACACUGUUUAAGAAAUAAUUUUGGCCUCAUCGCACAAAGCACCACUAUCUACAUUCACUAUUUAGAAUAUUAAGUACUUCCCAAGAAAGAGCCAAGGCCAAGCCUUUAGAUGAUGCUCCCCUUACCCCUUAAGAAUAACUCUAAAAAA